AUGCCUCUGCACUGGUUCUACUACUCUUUGAUGCUCUGUGGGCUUAUGAGCCUUGCCUUUUCUUUCAAAGAAGCAGCAGUUGCAACACCUACAAGGGGCUGCUCGGAAGUGGAACGGGACGCCCUGCUCGGUUUCAAAGCCAACGUCAAAGAUCCUUCCCACCGUUUGGCCUCGUGGUCUCCACAAAUAGACUGCUGCAAAUGGAGUGGCGUUGUAUGCAAGACCACCAACAACGCAAGUUUGUUCGGAGGCCAGCAUGUGGUGGAGCUCAACCUUCAAAAUCCAAAUGUUGAUAAUGAGCAAACUUUCCAUACGGCUCUGCGAGGUGAGAUACUGAGUCCUUCUUUGUUGAACUUGACUCGGUUGGAGCGGUUGAAUCUAAGUUGGAAUGACUUCGAAGGCACUCAAAUUCCACAAUUCGUUGGCUCAUUUUUGAAUCUCAAGUAUCUUGAGCUUCAUUGGUCCAAUUUUACAAGAGGAAUUCCUUCUCAACUUGGCAAUUUGUCGAGCCUCCGCCAUCUUGGUUUGCAGUCAGGAUGGAGUGCGGCUCCAAUUGCCCCUCGUUUGGAUUGGCUCUCAGGGCUCUCUUCUUUGAGGUACCUCGACCUUACCUAUGUGAAUCUCAGUACAGUCUCUCAAAAUUGGUUGUCGGAGGUCAACAUGCUUCCUUCCCUGCAAGAAUUAUAUUUGUUCGGCUGUAAUCUGAAUCACAUCCCCUCUUCAUUUAAUUCUCAUCUCAAUCUCAGUACUUCUCUCGAAAUUCUUGACCUUGAUGCUAAUCGCUUCUCCUCCUCCUCCUUGCCCAACUGGCUGUGGCGACUCACUAAUCUCUCAUUGCUUAGAAUUGAUGCUUCAGGACUGAUACCUGCUGGAAUCAGUAACCUAACUAGACUAACUCAACUUGAUAUUUCUGGCAACAUAUCUAGUCCCCUACCUGUUGAAAUCUGGACACUGAAUCAUCUAAUACGACUUGACCUUGCCUUCAAUGAAAUGCUAACAGGUCCUAUACCCGCAGCAAUUGCAAAUUUAAGUAGUCUACAAUCAUUAUUUAUUCCUGAGUGUUCACUUAGUGGUCAAAUACCUUUUGAAAUUGGGAACUUGAGUAGUCUAAUAAGUCUCGACCUUUCUUCUAAUUCACUUUCGGGUCUCAUACCUACUGAGAUUGGGAAACUUUCCAAGUUACAGGAUCUAGAUCUCUCUUUUAACUCUUUAGUAAGUGUCCUGUCGGAACCCCAUCUUGCAAACCUAACCAACUUAAAAAGUUUAUCCUUAAGGGAAAACUCUCGAAUUACCAUUUCAUUAGACUAUGACUGGGUCCCUUCCUUUCAACUAGAAAGGAUUGACUUGGACUCUUGUACAGUGGGUCCUAGGUUUCCACAAUGGCUUCGCUCACAGAAAUCCAUGUAUGAGUUGAGUCUGUCCAAUACAAGCAUUAAUGACAUCCUACCUCAUUGGUUUUGGAAUUCAUCUUCUUCCACCUUUUGGGUUAUUGAUCUCUCUCACAAUAAGCUUAGGGGCACUCUGCCAUCAUCCUUAGAGAGCAUGUCAAGACUUCAACUUUUGAUUCUAAGUUCCAAUAAAUUGGAAGGACUUGUUCCUCGUUGGCCACCUCAGAUCAUGACCCUAGACCUAUCUUUUAAUGAUUUUUCAGGGCCUAUACCAGCAAAAAUUUCACCACAAAUAGGUAGUAACUUCAUGCCUCCAUACAACUUAAUCCUUUCAAAUAAUCACAUCAAUGGAAGCAUACCAUCUUUCAUUUGCAAAUGGGAGCAACUGAACGGUUUGGAUUUAUCCUACAACAAAUUAUCUGGAGAGAUACCCAAGUGUUGGCAAAAAGUAAAUACGAACCUUGACUUUAUUCACUUGGGAAACAAUAAGCUCACUGGUGAAAUUCCUAGCUCCAUUGGAAACUUGAUUGGAUUGGCGUCUUUGCAUUUGGACAAAAAUGAUCUCAGCGGACAACUUCCAUUGUCAUUGCGAAAUUGCACUGGGCUACAGGUCAUUGAUUUCACAGGCAAUAACUUUUGGGGAAGUAUACCUACGUGGAUUGGACAAAGUUUGCAGCAAUUGACUGUUCUCAUAUUACGGUCAAAUAAGUUUUCUGGCAUUAUUCCUUCAAACCUCGGAGAACUGAGCAAUCUUCAAAUUCUUGACCUCGCCAAUAACAAUUUAAGUGGGUCUAUACCAUAUUCCUUUGGCAAUUUCAGUGCAAUAAAAUCAACAUCAAGAGAAAUGGAGGACACAAUUUCAAUUGGAGGAUCAAUCUCAUAUAUUGAAUAUGGAGAAAGUGAUAGUAUAUCAGUAGUUACAAAGGGAUAUGAAUAUGUCUUUUCAUCUAUUCUCUAUUUGGUGAAGCUUAUAGAUCUUUCAAACAAUAGUCUUACAGGUGAGCUUCCUGCGACAUUAGGAUCUCUUGUAGGACUUCAAACUUUGAAUAUGUCAAGGAAUUUUUUAAGAGGGAGGAUUCCACAUACUAUUGGUGAAAUGAAGUCAUUGGAAACUUUGGAUUUAUCAUUCAACAACUUAUCAGGUGUUAUUCCUCAAGAUUUGUCAAGAUUGACUGCUUUGCACCAUUUAAACCUCUCUUACAAUAAUUUAUCGGGGGAUAUUCCUUCCGGGUAUCAACUUCAGACACUUCAAGAUGCUUCCAUUUAUAUAGGCAAUGCUCAUCUAUGUGGGGCUUUGAUUAACAAGAGUUGCUCUAAUGAUGUCGGCAAUAAUGUCACAAAGGAAGAGUUGCAAAAGAAUGGUACACUUCAUCAAAGUUCUUGUACCGACAUUGCUGAACAAAACGGUAUUGCUGAAAGAAAACAUAGAUAUAUUGUUGAAACUGCACGUUCUCUCCUAUUAUCUGCAUAUGUUCCUAGCGAGUUAUGGGGUGAAGCUAUUUUUACUGCAAUCCAUUCUAUCAAUAGAAUUCCAUCUUCUAUUGCAUCCGGUUUAUCUCCUUUUGAAAAACUAUAUGGUUAUGUUCCUGAUUAUUCUGUCUUAAGAGUUUUUGGAUCCAUAUGUUUUGUCCUUCAUCCGCAUGUUGAACGUAAUAAGCUUAGUUCUCGGAUUGACACGUAUACAGAUUCUGUUCUUCAGUUCCCCGAUGAUCCCUCUGCUCCUACUGCUUCCCAUGAUGCUCCUGCGAUAACGGAUUCCCCUUCUCGUUACCCUCAACGAUCUCAUGUUAAAAAUGCUUUUUUAAAUGGAAAUCUUCAAGAAGAAGUCUACAUGGUGCCUCCACUAGGUGUCACUUACAACCCUGGUGAAGUUUGCAGACUAAAGAAGGCUCUUUAUGGCCAUAAACAAGUUCCUCGAGCUUGGUUUGACAAGUUCUCCAUUGUGAUUGGUUCUCUUGGCUUUCUUCCUAGCUAG